UAGCAUGGGAAUUACCCAAGUAUGAUAUUUAACUUACACCUAUAUAACGAUUCAGAAAAACUCUGAUUUAUUCAAAGGAAUUUAAUAAUGAUGUACGCUUCAUAAAGGUCAAAUAAUUUAGGAAAUGUCAUAACAGAUCAAGGAAAAUGUAUAUAAUCAUGUUUUAUCAAAUGCUUGCUGUAUAAGAGACUGUUUACAGUUAACUUUUAUUUAGGUUUUUUAGGUCUUACCAGAUAAAAUAACUCUUUACUUUAAAUUUGAAAAUGGCGCUCAGUUUUGAAGAAGUCAUCUUAAUGUUAAGGAAUGCUUUGACAUUUGAAGAGAUGAAUUACAACAUUUCACCAGCAAGAAAUGUUGAAACUAUGAAAUGUAAUACAUACCAUAGACUUCAGCAGUUGAAAGAAACAGAUAAGAGAAUCCAAUUUGAAGACUAUCGUUACAUUGAGAGCCUUGAAAUUGGCAAGAUGACUGGAAAAGAAAUCUUAAGAGUUUUGGUUCAAGUUGUUAACAGUGAGUUAAAAGUUGGGAGUUGCUUGCUUGUGUCAGUAGAUGGAGUGGUUGAAGCUGCAUUUGCAAGAGUACAUGAAUUUCAAUUUGAGAGUUUAACAGACGGAAUGGAAGACGUUUCCAAAAAGGGUUUGUACACAAAACUGUUUGAUAACAAAAAAGUUCAAGAACGUCAACAAACACCCACAAUGAGACAAUACUAUACCAAGCAAAUAAUUCAACAACUAAGGCAACAGCUUCAACAAAAGUGGGAUGUGUUCAUGACAACAGAAUAUCAGGAAUCUGAUCCACUUUGGAGAAAGGCAUUUUUCGGUAUUUUGCGCGAGGUGGUGAAACUAGAAGCAAACCUUGAAUAUAAAAUACCAGAAAGAGAAGAAUUGAAGCAAGUUCCAGUUGCUGCUUGUAUCCAAAUGGCUGUUGAAUCACAAAGAAGUGGUUUGCUGCAAGAUGUAUUUGGGGAGCACAAGUACGAUAAGAAAUGGAUGCAAGCUUAUAUUGAAGAUCCAAAUCCAUGGGAAAUAUACAAGGAGAGUCUCAAAUAUCGCCGACAGCAAAGAAUUAAUGCAACGAAGCUGAUCAUGGAAAGGUACAUUCCAGCAAACAAGUACGGCAGAUACAACAAAGAUGAUGUGGAGAAAGUUAUUAUGAAAACACGGGAAAUGUUUAUGUAGAAUACAACGUGGAGAUAACUUCUAUAUGUUGGGUUAUAUCCCACAACAAAUAUUUUAACAAACAACAAGAUCUCAUUAAUGUUAAACAACAGACUAACUGAUGCGCCAUUUCCUUCAUGUGUAUAUGAUAUACACACAUAAUAUGUGCACCAAAUCUUACUUUUAGAUGUGUUUAAAGAAUAAUGCUUUACUAGUGUAUUAUAUCCGGGCUAACUUUGGAAUUUAAUUAUAUUUAAUUAACAUCCACAAGUAGUUUAAACAACUUUAAUCUAAUGAUUACAAAUGUUAAACUAUUGCACUUACUGUUUGGCAACAGACAGUUUCACUUUCUGCUACAUUAUGCUUCUUAGUUCAACAUUACAUAUUUAAAUAAUUGUGUUUGUGUUGUAAUAUGUAAAAUUACAAUCUGAAACAUAAUUCCACAAACUAAUGCAUACUUUGGUAUUAGUGAAGAAUUCUCUGAAACAUAACAUAUGAGAUUAGACGAUAGAUUUUAGGUGUUAGGAAUUAGCAGGAGGAUUCUUUACUAGUACUUAGCACUUACAGUGUUUUGUAAAUACACUGUAGAAAAAUAUAAUAAUGUCAGAUUUAAAAAUUGUGUGCGACUUUAUUCCAAAAGCAAAUACAACACUGACAGUCAAAGGUUUUACUUUGAAAAUUCAUGCUGCUGAUUUCCAGCAAUUCUGGGUAAACAAAUAUUUUGGGCAGAAAACCAUGUGUUGUACAUUCUACACAUCGAAAAAUACCAUUUAGUGGGCAUUUACAUAGACAAAACUGCCCUGUGCCAUGACAUAGCAGUAAGCACGCAUGCCUCCAGCCCAGAGGUUUUAGGUUCAAGGCUUAAUGCUGCUACCACGGUGGGUGUUUGUGUUUUUGUGUAAGACACUUUACAACAACUGCUUCAACCUAGUGGUAGUUUGUCUAAACUAUCAGACAUGCAUUACAAUAAAAUUUAAAUAAAAUAUUUAAUUACCCACAGUCCAUGGGAGCACAAGAUCUAUAAAACAAAACACCUGUGUAACAAAACUUGUCGUUACCCCUCCAAUGCAGGGAUACAUAAGUUACAUGUUUAUUACUUACUUUAUAAUAAUAUUAUAAAAGAAUGUAUUAAAUAUUGUACACUCAAAGAUUAUAUUGUUGGGUAAUAAUGAACCCAAAUU